AAAAGCCCCAAAAAUUCUACAGAUAAUAAAACAAUAAGACUUUAUCGCAGCCAGGUCAAAAGCACCAGAUAAAUAAACCUUCCAGAAACCGGGAGCCUUCAGUCAAAGUAAAUCUUUUCAAACAUGAACAACGUCCUGUUAAUUUUAACCGGUGCCCUGUUGGCCCAAACGAAAAACUUGGAGAGUCCAAGACAGGCGAGAUGGUUCAACACGUACACCAGCACCGAAAUCGCCACCAACUUGGUGACAUCCUACAUCCCGUCGUCCUGCGUCCAAGUCGAACCGACUUUGCCUCCGUGUCGGAACGUUCGCUACCUCAAGUUUCCCAACUUCGUAGCCAAACCCAAUCCUCAGAAUGUAGAGACAAUAAAAGAGGGCAAAUCGAUCCACACCACCGAAUUAGGUUGGGGCGAAUAUUUGGGCAUCUACGCCCCAACAGUAACGGUAACCCACACCGAACUAAAGACGACUACCGUUGAAGACCCCAGAAUAGUAGUGACCUUCGCCGUUAAGGGUUGUAGGCCAUUGAGACUUCCCAUGGAUUUAAAUCGUUGCGAGGUCGAAGCUUCCUCCACAGUUGCCAUUCAAGAAAUCAUACCAACGUCCACUGUCGCCUCGCAUGUUGUCCCGACCGCCAAUUAUGAAGAGGUGGGAAGCAUACACGAUAUAAUUGAUAAUGAUAAUCAUCUGGGGCAAGAUAAUAGUUUGCUGCAACCUUCAGGUGAAAAUCACAUUUCUGGACCAUCUAGUAACGAACCCACAGAAGCUCUGCCUUCAACCGCACCUAAAUUUUAACUUUAACUAUAUAUACUAUGCAAUAUUUAUUUUGUGCCAA